AUGGAAGCCGUCGCGCUCGCAUCCACCUUCGCCACGCUGAUCGGCUUCACGAUCCAGCUGUACGGGAUCUGCAGGUACUAUGUCGACGCGGCUCGUGGAGCUUGCCCCCACGACUUUAAGCUGGUCCUCAUCGAGACCUCAAGCUUGCAGGCGAUGCUGGAAUCGGUCAAAGUCAUCCUUGACGCAAGCGAAAAUAGAAGAGAGGAUGAGGCGAAUCUGCAGAAGCAGAUUGGCGACACAGUGUCGCACUGCACGACCUGCAUCAAGGAACUACUGAGUCUGAUGCCCGAGCCAUUGCUUGAUGGGAGGGGCAAGAUGACGAUGAAGGACAAGGCCACGAUUAUCGCCAAGGCGGUCCGCUGGGGCGCGUCAAACAAGAAGGGACGGUGCGACACCCUGCUGAACGACCUCAGCAAGUACAAGGCCAACCUUGGCCUCGGCCUGACGGUCGGGCUGAGCCACGAGGUCAAGCAGAUCAGGACGGAUGUGACUCACGUCAGGAGCAGCAUCAACACGAUGCAGGCCCACCUGGAUGCGACACAACGCAGCGAGGUGUACCGUUGGCUCGAGCAGAAUCAGAUCAAUCCGUCUAGCUUGCACAACGCAGCGAUCCAGCUGCACGAGAGCCGUACGGGCCAGUGGAUCUUUGGGAGCAAUGAGUGGAAGGCCUGGGCAGACGGGCCAGAGGGUACACGACGGCUCCUCUGGAUCCAUGGCAUCCCCGGCGCGGGCAAGACGGUGCUGGCGUCCGGCAUGGUUGAGAAGGUGAAAGGGUUCGAUGCGGGGGAUCGCACCAAGAAGACCGCGGCGGCGUACUACUACUGCCACCACGGCCGCAACAUGGACGAGGCGACGCCGUUCCUGAAAUGGAUCCUCUCGCAGUUCUGCCGCAAGUCAGGCUACAUCCCCCAGGGGCUAAGGGAUCUGCAUGAGAGCGGGUUAGAACCGACGACCCAAGCUCUGCUGGACUGCCUCGAGGUCAUGCUGGGGCAAUUCCAGCGCGCGUACGUCGUGUUGGACGCCGUGGACGAGAGCAGCCCGCUCAGCAAGCUACUCAAAUUGCUGGUGGCGCUAGGGACGGAACAGCGCUUCGCGAAGCUGCGGCUGGUGGUCACAAGCCGGGAGUACGCUGACGUCGAGUCCUCGUUCCAGGGGGUAUCCAUCCCGCUGGGGAUGAAUAACCCCGGCGUGCGUGAGGACAUCGCCACGUUCACCGACUCCUCGCUAAAAGACGACCCGUACAAGCGGUGGCCGGCGGACCUUCGGGGCAAGGUCGCCACCGCCGUGAACGCGAAGUCUCAUGGAAUGUUCCGCUAUGCCGCGUGCCUGCUUGAGCUCCUGGGCGAUUGCGCCAACCCGGCCGAGGUCGAAAGGGACCUCAAAGUGAUGCCCAAGACGCUCAACGAGAUCUACGAGCUCAUCCUGCACAAGAUCGAGGCCAGGAGCCGCUCGGAUGCGGUGCGGGCGUUGGCCCUGGUCAUGGCCUCCAUGGACCUGUCCGGCGCCAUCCACAUGAACACCCUAGUGACGGCCGUAGCGGGCGGGCCCGGCCAGCAGAGCUUCUUGGACAUGGACAGGCUGCGGCGCGCCUGCGUGUGCCUGCUCCGCGUGCGGGACGACGGGUCCGUCUAUCUCGCCCAUUACACCGUGCGCGAGUUCCUGCAAAGUAAGUAUGUCCACGACCGUAUGCCCCCCUUCUACCUGCCCACGCGCGCCGUCAACGACAUCUACUACGAGGCCAUCAUGAGGACCGCCGUGCAGACCACGACCGUGCCCCAGUCGUCCAACGUGCCGGAGUACAAGAAUGGCGACCCGAAGGACUAUAACCACUGGGCGCUGCGCCAGACGCGCAUUGCCCUUUACUGGGCCCGCGACGACCUCGGCUGGAAGCCCGAGAACCGUAAGCUGCUGUACCAGGUCAUGGACCCAUAUGGCGCGUCCUUCCCGGCCUUGAAGAUCAUGGGUUCCGACGGGCACCACGACACCUCCCACCAGACGACCUUUGAGUGGGUGCCGCGCUGGAGCGGCAAGGCCGAGAACGGACAGAAGGCCGACAACGGACAGAAGGCCGCCUCCCACUUGGCCAUGCUCGUGUCCCUGAGAAAUUUGGACAUCAUCAAUGAUUUCCUAGGCCGCAUGUCCGAGCGGGACCGUGUCGCCCUUUUCAACACCCAGAUGAUGGUUUACUUCCCCCUCAGAUGGGAGUCCUUCAGCAAGAAUGGCCUCUACGACUCGAAACCCUCCUCUGUGACCAUCCUCCAAUUCUACCAGGAAGGCCAAACGCGCGGCUACGACACCAGCGAGGAACUCAAGUUCCUCAACCGGCAUCUGCGAAACUACGUCCAACCCGGCGGCGCUGCGGCUGCCCCGGCUCCUACGACCUCCAGCACCAAGCUGAACCCCCCAUCUUCGAGCAACUCGCGGCCUCGCAGCCCCGGCCUCGCACCACCACCCGCGUCCCAGAGCCAACGCGCCUCCGACAACUCCCGAGGCUCGGGCGCCAUCAGCCCGGGCGUGUCGCGAGCGGGCCACGUAUCAAAACGCACCACAGCGACCACGAGCAGCACUGGGAACCCCAGCGCCUCGACAUCCAACACGUCGUCGACCAACACCAGCCGUCGUACGGUCGCGCCUCCGCCUCCGCAGCAGCCGCGGCAGUCGCAGCAGCAGGCCCCGGCGGUCCGGACGGUGAGGCGGACUCAGGGGACGGAGAACAGCGCCUCGACCAGCGGGAACAGUAGUAAUACUACGACACGAUGA